AGAGAUUUCAUUUGUUUUAUAAAAUGGCAAGCAACUUCUACGAUGAUAGUAUGGAGUCGUCUCCAUCAUCGUUGUUUCGAUUAUCACUACAGGUAGUUGCGAGAACGAUGUUUGAAUAUCACUGGUUUCCUUCCAUUGAGAACCCUCUACCAUCGGAAAUUUCUGAUUCGUUGAUGGCUACACUUCGUUUCAACAAUUGGCUUAACCGUAAAACAUUGGCACUCUUUGAUAAACGUUUCCGCCUAACCGAGGUACAUUUAUCAUGUUCUUUGUUGUCGGUGAUGUCAGUUGAAAUGUUGCGAAUGCAUCUAAUAAAGCGUCUUACUAUCCGUGACACUUCAGUUGGCGAUUCCGUUCGUGAUUUGCAUAGUAUUUUACAGUUGCUCGGACCUCAUGCAUUAACAUCUCUGGAGUACGUGGACAUGUCUGGUAUUACACCAAUCACAUAUAUUAGCUGCCUAGCAGAUUUGAAGUACUUGACAACUUUGAUUGUCUCUGAAACACCAGCAUUUGGAGAUGCUGAAUUAAAAAUGGUGUGUAAAGAAAUGCGAUACAUGAGAGUUCUUGAUUUAUCGCAAACAGUUAUUACAACAAUUUCUCCGUUAAAGAAUUUGAUUGGCACUUUGGAAGUGCUUGUUAUGCAUCGACUUAGAUUUUCUCGCGCUGUAAACAUGAAUGGAGCUCUGGAUACAUUAGCACUUCUCAAUAAGUUAACAUUUCUGGAUAUAUCGGACAAAAAAGUUGAUGUGUUUUUACCAAACGGCUAUAGUGAACCGUUUCAAAUUGAUAUCGGAACACUGGUGAUCCGUGAUAUCGUAGAAUUCGGCCCAUGGUGGCCGAACCUUUGCUCCUUAGACGUUGCUGGAAAUGCAUUGAAUUUUCAUAGUCUUGUACUUACUAUUGAUUACGUUACAAAAUUCAUAUCUAUGCAUCCACAUUUGAUCUACAUAUCUCUUUUGGACACCUCUUUAAAUCGACAUCCUUAUCAAUAUCCGUAUGAAAGGGAUAAACCAUUGCAAAUAGCUAGCGGUGGCACACGUGAUCAAUGUCUUCUUUCAUUGCAAAAAUAUUGGCGUCCAGAUCGAGAGGCUUUUGCAUCGCAUGCAUUACAAGCCGUAUAUUAUCUUCUACAAACCUCCUAUGAUGAAUUUCAGCCCGCUGAUUUGCGUCUCACUGUUCGGGGUGUUGUUUUAUCCAUGCUUAAUCACAAAAAAAACAUUGCAAUACAGAUGGCAGGGAGCGCUUGCCUUUAUCAUCUCUGCAAAUCGAAGCGAAUUAAUCAACUUACCGCGCUGGAGACACGACACUGCGUUGAUCGGUGCUUAGAUGCGGCAGAAAAUCAUCCUCGGAUGGUUCAGCUGCAAAAGAAUGUGUGGCUUACUGUAUGUAGCGAUCACUUAUUACAAUCACUGAAUUUUGAUAUAUUUCGAACAUGUGAAGUAGCUUUAGAAUCAAUGGUAAACACACGGGACCCUUCCGUUUCAAGAAUGACGAUCGCAGUUGUAUCAAUUUUGGCACCCAAAUUGCCAACAGAACAAAGCCAUCGUUUAGCUACAAAUAAGCGGUAUGUUGCGCAUUUGAUUGAAAUGAUCAAUGAAAAUCUGGAUAAUCCCGACAAUGGACACGACAAUUUCAAUAAUUUCACAGUAAAAUUUACUCUCUCUGCACUCUGGAAUUUGACAGACGAAUCGCCGGUUACAUGUCGAUUAUUCGUGCAGCUUGGUGGUAUUGCAGCUGCAUUUGGCGUUUUGGAACAAUACCAAAACAAUACAAAUAUACAAACCAAGGUUCUUGGCCUUUUGAACAAUAUUGCGGAAGUAAAAGGUCUGAAAAAGCGAAUAAUACAUCACCGAUAUAUUCGAACAGUUCUAGAAUUGCUGGAAAGUGAUUUGAUGCCUGACAGUUACACUGCAGCCAUUGGUAAUGCAAGACAUAUCGACGUUUCAUAUUUCGCUGCUGGAAUAUUGGCUAAUCUAUUAGACUGUGGGCCAUGGACAUUUGAACCGACAUCGGAUCACUGUAAUCAAUCGCUGGUAAUGGCAGUAAAAAGAUGGCCCAAAGCACUAUUAACUAUGGUUGCCUAUCGAUCAUUCGUGCCAUUUUUUGCAUUGUUGAGGCAGGAUGGUAUAACCGGAGCGCAGAUGUGGGCUGCAUGGGCAAUCCAACAUGUGUGUAUCAGUGAUAGGCAAAACAACUAUAUUAAUUUACUGCUUUCACAAGGAGGACGGGAAGAAUUUUUACGUUUAGUCAAUUCAAAGUUUGCUCAUCCAGACGCUGUACAGCUUGCUCAUUCCGUGCUCAAUUUGAUCAAGAACUCGACUUGCGCCCCAUCAAAACUCAAAAAUUGA